AUGGAACCCACGCGAGAGGAGCGGCAGCAAAUGCGGCAGCGUGGAGCUGCGACGCGCAAAGCAAAAGAAGUCAAUUUUGGUUUCUCAUUCGGUAGCCCAAUACCUCAACCAGCAGCGCCCACGCAGCUUGCUGCUCCUGAUGCCCAGAAUCAUCCGCAAACGCAACCCGCGCCAAACACAACUCCACGCCAUGCGAAGCAGUCGCGCCCAGACUCGCAAUCGCAAGAGACUGUUCACACUCCGGGAAGUGCGCGUAAUAAGCUUCCACCGAGGCGCUCGACAUACGACGUACCCUCCUCCGAUGAUAGACCCGAACAGACGCGAAGCAACAAAAGAAGAAAGAUCGGUCCUACCGGCGAAACAGAAGACAGUCCUUCUCGUAGGGGUGGCAGGCGGACGGAGAACGACGAGUCGCAGGCCGCUCAUAACAACACGGGUAGCGGACAAUCGCAAAUAAACCACGCCCCAGACCCUUCGAGUGCAGAGGCGCCUACACCAACAGGACCUUCAAAUGGAACUCCGCAACCUGAUACGUCGGCCGUUCUCGAGCCCCCUAUUGAAAACCAACACGCAGCGGAAGAAGAGGCUACUGGCGUUGAACCAGCAACAUCAGCCGGCGAAGAGCAAUUGGCCCAAGUCGCGUCUUCAGUACCUAGUCCUGUAGGUGCUAUAGCGACCGGGGAACAACAAGGGUCGAAUCCAGUCCAGGCUGAGGGUGUGCACCCAUCCCCUCUACGGCCUGGGGAACGGACCGAGAUACAGAGCACGGAAGAUGCUGUCACGAAGCUCACCCCUCCAAUCGCUCAACCUGAUACAACCACUACUAAGUUCCCUUCGGAACGUGUGAGCACUGGGGAGGCUGUCAAAGCAAGAGAUGCGCCGGCAUCUAGGGACGAUGGCGUGAUAAACGAGGAGGUUCCUCAAGCCAAAGACAAUGUACCAGAGCAAGGCGGCCAAGCUUCUCGAAUCCCAACUCUGAAAUUGAAGAAGCCCCCUCGCGCAGCACCUAAGUCCACUGCCAGCAAAACCCCAGAACUUCCUGUGGAAGACGCCGUGCAGGUACCUGCAACUGAGACACGAGCUGAAUCAGGGGCAGCCCCGGUUGAAGCUAUCGAGACUGAGAAUGUUUUGCCUGGACCUAUACAAGACGUUGCUGAGUCUGCUUUGGGUCCUGGUAGGGGCCGCAAGCCGGCAUCACAAAAGGCCGAUGAACAGCCACAACGUGGUAGACCUGAGGAAAGAGUCAAGCAGGCAGUUGAGCCUGAGCCCGAACCUGCAACAGCGGCUCAGGCAGAACCUGAGGUGGAGGCUGCUGCACCCAAGUCACAACGCGGAAGACCUAGCAAAAAGACUAAACGCGCAGCCGAAGCUGAGCCUGAACUCGAGCCCGAGUCUGUGAUUGCAGAACAACCAGAGCCGGAAGCUGAACCUGCGGCGCAGGUUCCUCAAUCUCGCGGCAGACCUGGGAAGAAGACUAAACACGCUGUUGAACCCGUGCCGGAUCAUGAGACCGAAAACCAACCAGAGACUGCAGCAAAGUCUAAAGCUCAACAUGUCAAGCCCAAUAAGAAGGCUACACGCGCCGUAGAUCUCGAACCUGAGACUGAGCUUGCGGUAGAAAACCAGCCGAGGCCAGCAGUGGAUUCUGCACCUUCCAAACCGAAGCGCGGCAGACCUGGGAAGAAGGCUAAGCGCGCAACGGAGCCCGAGCCUGAGCCCGAGCCCGAGGUCGUGGCUGAACAAGAACCAGAAUACCAACCAGAAGCCGAACCUACACAAGACCAACCUCGCCGCAAGACUCGGCAGCCUCGUGGAGAAACAGUUCCCAUCACUGUCUACCGCCUGGCCAACGCCAACUCACUAGGCGGCACAGCACCCACAGACGACAGAUCCGCAGACGAAGAAGAAUCCUCCGAUGAACUCACCACACACCAGAGGACGAAGAUGCCCAAUCGCGGUGGCGUGAACCCCGCCGAUGUAUUAAGCCAGAUCUGCCGCGAGACCCUGGAGAAGACGCUCAACACACUCAAGGACGGGAUCGCAAACGAAGCGAAUGCCACACGGCGAGCGGAGUGGUCACGCAAGAGAAAAGCCGUCGAGGCAUUUGGCUCUGAACUCGAGAGUCGACUCAUGGAUCUCAGCGGCAUGCUUGAUAGCAACUUUGUCCUCGGCAUGCAAUUGAAGAAGACUAAACGGGAAAUGAUGGAUCUACGGAAUCAUCUUUACCGGGUUCGUCGAGAGCGCGAGAACAUAGCUUUACAGAUGGACGCAGUGCGUAGUAGACAUAUGGAAGAGGAGAGGGCUGGAUCGUCACGGAACACGAUCAACAAUUCUCUCCACAGUCUUGAACUGGCUCUCGAACGUAAUCAGCAAUCUUCUACUGGGGAUUCUGCUACAGAUCUUGAAUUCAUGCUCCGCUCUGUUGCCGACGUGAGUUCCACGGCUCCUGGAUCACAAGGUGGUCUUCUGAAUCAAAUACGGGCUUUCAAUGCACAGCUUGAAGCUACUGCGGCUCGCCUGGAGCGAUGA